CUCGGAGCAGACCCGGAUUGUCGGCGGAUGAGGGCGCUUCACCGCCGCCACAAAAGAAAAGCAGGUUCUUCCUCUGCCUCGUCGAACGUGUGUCUCUUUAAACAAGGCGAAGCGAUGAGCGGAUAAGAAGCCCCAGAGUCCUGAUCGGGAACGCACACGCAUCUCCGGGAGACUUUGGGAUGUGAAAGGUUCGAGCGCUGAGCUCCUGUUCGGGCCGAGCAGCCUGAGCGAAGCCGCGGAACCGCCGGGGGCUGGCGCUGGACCAGUGGAUGACCAACUUCUGAAAAAGUCCCCCUGCACUCCUCAACGGCUCCAGACUUUUAAAGCGGAUCAUGGCUGACGUAUUCUCCCCCGGUCUUCUGCUCAUGCUCAUGAUGUCUUCACUAGAUUGGCUGUCCACUCCGGGGUCUGCCUUUCUAUUUGACCGGGAUCGAGCAAAAUCCGCGCCCCUUGAACCCCAUUUUACGGAAUGUGUAUCAAGGGACCUGGAGACAUUCCGAUGUUGGUGGAGUCCGGGUUCAUUCCAAAAUCUGUCUUCACCUGGAGCACUGAGAGUCUUCUACCUUAAGAAAGACCCUCCCUUAAGUGAAUGGAAGGAAUGUCCGGAGUAUAACCAUUUAAACAGGGAGUGCUUCUUUGACGCAAACCACACAUCAGUUUGGCUUCCCUACUGCGUGCAGCUUCGGAGCCAAAACAACGUCACCUAUUUCAACGAAGAAGACUGCUUCACUGUGGAGAAUAUUGUGCGCCCUGACCCACCAGUGUCUCUAAACUGGACCCUGCUGAACGUAAGUCCCUCUGGGCUAAGUUACGAUGUCAUGGUCAGCUGGGAGCCCCCACCCUCUGCAGAUGUCCAAGCAGGCUGGAUGCGCAUCGAGUAUGAAGUCCAAUACAGAGAGAGAAACACCACAAACUGGGAAGCCUUGGAGAUGCAGCCACACACUCAGCAGACGGUCUAUGGCCUGCAAAUCGGAAAAGAAUAUGAAGUUCAUAUCCGCUGCAGGAUGCAAGCCUUCACUAAGUUUGGCGAGUUUAGUGAUUCCAUCUUCAUGCAGGUGACAGAGAUUCCCAGCACAGAUUCCACGGCCCCUCUGACUCUGAUUCUCAUUUUUGGGACUGUUGGAAUUCUGAUUGUCAUCAUGCUGAUAGUGAUUUCUCAGCAACAGAGAUUAAUGAUGAUUCUCUUGCCACCUGUUCCUGCGCCCAAAAUCAAAGGCAUCGAUUCAGAUUUGUUGAAGAAGGGGAAACUGGAGGAGCUGAAUUUCAUCCUAAAUGGUGGAAGUAUUGGUGGCCUCCAAACGUUUUCUCCAGAUUUCUACCAAGAUGAGCCAUGGGUGGAGUUUAUCGAAGUGGAUGAGGAGGAUGCCGACAGUAGAGAGAAGGAGGAUGACCAAGCUUCAGACACACAGAAACUCCUCGGCCCCCCCCAGCCCAUUAGUGACCACAGGACAAUCCGAUGCUCUGAAACUAUCCGCCACCCUGAAGAGGUCUUCGGUCAUGGCAGCUGUUACAAUGCAGAUCGGCCUGAAGAAGACUCAAAAGUGCAGAUGGAUGCUCCUCCGCCAGGCCAAGCAGGGGACAAGGAAUCCUCCACAGAGUUUACCGAAAGAACCCCAGCAUUAGACCGAUGUCGAGCUCCUCCUGUCCAAACCCAAACAGGAACUCCCCAAACGUGGGUGAACACAGACUUCUACGCACAGGUCAGCAAUGUUAUGCCUUCGGGUGGAGUCGUGCUGUCCCCUGGUCAGCAACUCAGAACCCAGGAGAGCACGCCAGCCUCAGAACACGGAGCACAAACCAAGGGAAAGCAGAGGGAUGAGAGUGGGGACAUGGAUGGACAAAGGCAAAAGGAGCCUCAGUUUCACCUGCUGGUGGUGGAUCCAGAAGGAAGUGGCUACACCACCGAGAGCAAUUGCUGGCAAAACAGCCCUCCCUCCAACUCUCCCAACCCCGGAGCGGGGUAUCAAACCAUCCCCCCUCCACCGGUGGAGAUUAAACCAGCAGCUUCAGCAGAUGCUAAUCAGUUACCCUACAUUCUUCCUGACUCUCCUCAGUUGGUUGCUCCUGUUGCAGACUACACAGUAGUUCAGGAGUUGGACACCCAUCACAGUUUACUCCUAGACCCAACUCCCAUCCAGUCCCCCCCUCCCUGCCCAUCACAGCCGCCCCUCAAAACCCAAAUACCUAUGGAGUACAUUACACCAGACCUGCUGGGAAACCUCCUACCAUGAAAUGAUACUGCUUUGAGACCUCCGCUGCCACUCACCAUGGCUCAACCUGACCCCUGCUGGAUGCCAAAAGAACCUUGCAGCACUCUGAGGGAACGUGCCUGUUCAGGAGUCUGUUUUCAUCUGUUUUCAACUUUGACAGGAGUCUGUCAAAGUUUGCUCAGAGGACUAGAAAAGCUGCUCACUUUUCCCUCAGCUCUUGCAUUUGCAAAAAUAGCCACAAACCAAAUAUGAAAUAGCCCUUUUCAUCUAUAUCGAUGCAUGAUUGUAGUUAAUCAAAAAACUGAUCAAUGACUUUGUUGAUUAGCAUCUCUGCCUAAAUGAGUUCAAAGCAAUGACUUUGGUGAAGUCUUAACAGAUACUAGUGCAUAGUGCAUAGACCCAACAGAGAACUGACAUUGUGAGAGUUUGCCCCGUAGAGACGUUUAGCCACUCACAUUUAAGUUUUCGAGUUUGAUGUCAUCAUAAAAGUACCUCAUGAGAGCUAUAUAUUUUUAUAAUAAAAACAAACACAGCACUGUAAACCACACCUAUGCAGGCUUGCAUUUCCAGCUUUAUUUUGUCAAGGCUGUUUCAGUAAUUGGUUGCCAAACUUGGAUUAUAAAAUUUCAAGACAGAUUUUUUUUUAAUCCAUAAUUUUAAAAAGCAACAAAUUAUGUGAACAACUUUGGACUAGGCAUAAAGAAUUUUAAAAGAAAAAUACCAGCAAAAUAACAGAUACAUUUUUGUCUCCUUGGGAUGUUCAUUGUUUGUCUGCAGAACAGAUAGAUAAAAAAAAAAACUUUUGUCAGGGAAUCCGUUGUAUCAGUUUAAUACCACAAUCUGUUUUUACAUUUUUCAUAUGUGAGAUUUCAUUUUGACUCUUUGGGUUUUCAUUUUCAUCUGAAUGUAUGCCACUGUGGUGAAGCUUUUCCAUACGAGGAAGACUUCCUUCAGGGUAGUGUAAGCUGUGCUGUAAAACAUGUAGCACCACCAAGAGCCUUGCUCUUGAUCAAGGCCCGGUGAAGGGACACAUAAAUCAAAUGUACCUGCUCAUUUGUGCUUUAAAGUAAAUCCUCAUUGGUGAAACUC